AAUUAUUUUCGAGUCAGUAUACUGCUGCUACUGGUAGCGCGCUGAGUAUUCGCUGACUAAGGUUCAUGAUUCUCGUAUCUGAUAAAGUAGUCGUGUUAAUCGGUAGAUCAACCGUUGUGCUCCAUCCAUGUGACAACGUGCAUUGUUUGCAAAUCACCGCUGCCACCAUAUUUCCGUUUAACGACCACGCUGAAGCGAUAACGCGCGAAGAGCAAAAUUCAAGUAUUUUAGGAGCACUUUAGGAACCAGUAUUUGAGGAACCACAUCAGGCAACCACAUGCUUUCAACAAACAUUUUCUUUCAUGUGUUUUGUAUUAUCACUCAUAUUACUCUUCUCGAUACCGAAUAAUUUUUUGCUUUAUAAAAAAGAGGAUAUAUCGGAUAAUAAUCACCACAAGUUGGAGAUAAAUCAUUUUCGGGAUUCAGGCGGAGAAUCGUAAUUAUUGGAACCUACUGCAAGAAACAUGAAGAAAGCCGAUAACAGCGAGACUAUAGAAAACAUCCCCGAUGAAAAACAUUUUACACUUAAUAUGUCCUAUGCAUCAAAAAUGGCCGCGGUGGAUAUCGAAUUCAACGAUUUGACGUAUGCGGUGUCGAACUUUCGAGGAGAAUCAAAAAUGCUUUUAAAAGGAGUUAGCGGACAAUUCAAAUCGGGUGAGCUAACAGCAAUUAUGGGCCCUUCCGGUGCCGGAAAAUCGACGUUACUCAAUGUUCUCGCCGGACACAAAUACACGGAGAUAAGUGGUUCAAUAGAUAUCAAUGGACAGCCGAGGGUCAUGAAGAAGUUCAAGAAAAUGUCGUGUUACAUUAUGCAAGAUGAUCUCGCGCAACCGAGACUCACGGUUAUGGAAGCAAUGUCCUUUGCGGCAGAUUUAAAACUCGGCAGAAAAAAAUCACAGUCCGAGAAACGUAUCGCCAUAAAUGAAAUUCUGACUACACUUAGAUUAUCCGAAACACGAGACACGCUUAUGGAACGACUCUCAGGUGGCGAAAAAAAGAGGCUGUUAAUCGCACUCGAACUAGUGAACAAUCCACCUGUAAUUUUUCUCGAUGAACCGACUACCGGAUUAGACGAGUUGUCCUGUUUUUAUUGCAUCGAUAGUCUUCAAAAGCUAGCACGUUUCGGACGAAAUGUUAUAUGCUCGAUACAUACUCCCAGCGCGAGUGUGUUUAACAAAUUUCAUAACAUCUACAUCAUGGCUGCCGGACAAUGUACUUAUAUGGGCACCCCGGAUAACAUGUUAUCAUUUCUACAAAAUAUAGGUCUAGAAUGUCCGAAGAAUUACAAUCCGGCAGACUUCGUAAUAGAAAUCAAUUCGGGCGAUUAUGGUUCCGAUCCGAUCCAACAAAUGAUUACUUGUGUAAAAAAGUUACCGAUUCUUCCGAUUUCUCGAAUAAAGUAUGAACUCGAGCUUGAUACGCAGAAUCCAAAAGUCUUUUGGCUCGAUCAAUUCACAACGCUAAUCAAAAGAAUGAUAUUGCAGCUUUAUCGAAAUAAAAAUUACAUCAAUAUGAAGAUAUCGCUACAGUUUUUUUUAGGACUAAUGGUUGGCUCAUUAUAUUUUAAUAUGGGCAAUGACGGCUCCAGAGCCCUGUUCAAUUUUGGCCUUUGCUUCGCAUGCCUAAUAGUAUUCUUGUACAUACCUAUGCUUCCAGUAUUAUUGCAUUUUCCUUUUGAAAUUAAGGUAUUGAAACGAGAGUACAUCAACAGAUGGUACAAUUUUAACGCUUACUACUGGGCCCUAACUGUAAUCAAUAUACCUCUACAGAUAUUGUCCGGAAUUUUAUUUCUUUUGAUAACCUAUUUCAUUACCGGACAACCCUUGGAGUGGCGUAGAUUCAUCAUGUUCCUCAGUACUUGCUUCAUGUGCGGCUUCAUCUCAGAGAGUAUAGGAUAUAACAUUGCUACUAUAUUCAACUCCGUAAAUGGUAUGUUCAUCGGACCGGUGAUAAGUUGUACCCUGAUUUUAGCCUCGGUGCAAGGUUUCGGAGAUCUCACUCCAUUAUCGAUUUAUCGAAGGUUAUUCAUGUAUAGUAGUUAUAUUCGAUAUGGACUGGAGGCUCUCAUAGUAGCCAUGUAUGGUUUUAAUAGACCGAGAUUACCUUGCCCAGUGGAAGAAGUGUAUUGUCCUUUCAGUCCGCCCAAAGAGAUCUUUCGAGUAAUAGGUCUAGAGAAUGCUCCAAAUUUUUGGAUGGAUAUGCUAGCUCUUAUUAUUAUAUUUAUUAUUUGUAAGAUAAUAUUAUAUUAUUUAUUGAAGCAAAGAGUGCAACAAAACAAAACUUAUCAGCUGUUCCAGAUAAUCGGGAAUUUUGUCAAAAAUCAUUUCAAUAUGUAAUCGAUAAUACUUUUAGCUCAAUGUUCUUUUAGCAGAUUAUUGCGCUCACACAUCUCGUUUGCUUCAUGUCACACCACUCAAAUUAAUAAUGGCAUGCAACGGUGCAAAUCGGCCAAUAUCCGUACAACUACCCGGAAAAAGGCGAACGUGAAGGCGCUUUCGACACGUGCCGAGUGUGUCCGACGAUCAAAUUCCGCGGAAACUUUUAGUGCGCGUUAGACGCAUCGUGACAAUGUUUAUGCGUGACUACCAGGUCUCUAGUUUGGAGAAACAUGUGCGAUAAAACGCGUUGCCGCCAGACGCGUGACAUUUCUCGACGUGAAAAGUCCGACUUCCGAAGCCGGAUUCGCGAUGCAAAACACGCGUGAGAUCACAACAAAUGCAUGCAACUGUCUACAGGGUACAACACGAGGAAGCGACGUAUCAUUGACUCCUCGAUUACGGCAUUUUGAUAUUAUAUAUUACAUCAUGUAUGUCUAAGAGUGAUCUGAUUGGCAGUUGUAUCAGGAGGGUUACCAAAUUAACUUCUUCACAAUGUUUUAUCAUAUUUGCUAAAUAUUUAUUUUUAGUAAGAAAAAAAAUUAUCACAUCCUUUUAUGGGUUAAAAAAUAUCUGAAAAUUAGAGAAACUAAUUUAUUACAAACGUUCUAUCGAAGAAGAUUCAUUUGUUAUAUCAGAAAAUUUCGACGAUGUUACAUUAAAAAUCCCGUGCAUUUAAUAAUGGGAGCUACUCGAAUAUAACGAGAACUAACUAAAUAUUUUCAAAUAUAAAAUCUUAAUAUUUUUCAAUGACAUUACUUCUUCGCAAAAAUUUUUGAUAUCUGUGUUAACUUAUAAAUACUUUUUUCAAAUCAAAAUAAGUAUUUUAUAUAAAUUAAUUUCUAAUUAUAGUAGAGAGAAAUAAUAUAAAAUGUUAAAACUCUUAAUUUAUUUCAUAUUACGUUAUUUGAAAAAUUAUUCAAUCCAGAAAUACAGCACAUAAAACAAAUAUUUCACCAGCAAAAAAAUGUAAUUAAUAUUUUAUGAUCCGCCAAGAUCUACAACACAAUACACUAAGAAACAGUUAUUAUUAAAAAAUAUUUCUGUUAAAAAAUAUGUUUUGCAUUAUUACCUGCAUUUUUUAUUUAAAGAUAUAAAAUAUGUAAAUAAUAAA